GACGUCACGCGCAGUGGGCAGGGCCUCGCUGGGAAUCAGGAACAAUCUACAGCAGCCUAUGAUUGUAUCUGCUAAUGCGAAUGCUUGUGUUCAGCGAUCGUGAGCACUAAUAGUGCAUUACUCUUCUUCUGUCUUUCCACGUUAAAGAAAUGCCAACAUGGGCUCUACAUGUGAAAUCAACGCCGCGAUGAGUGUUUGGAGAAGACUGUCUCUGUUUGUUUUGGCGAGCUCCCUCUGCUCGCGCCUGUGCCGAGCUGAAGACAGUGCGAUGGAGAACAUCGUGACAGAGAAGAAAGCCGAAGAAAGCCACAGGCAAGACAGCGCCGAUCUGCUGGUCUUUAUCCUGCUCCUCACCCUGACGAUCUUGACCAUAUGGUUGUUCAAACACCGCCGCUUCAGGUUUCUGCACGAGACGGGACUGGCGAUGAUAUAUGGGUUGCUUGUGGGUGUUGUACUGCGAUAUGCUAUUCAUGUACCCAGCGACAUGAACAAUAUUACACUGAGCUGUAAUGUCACUGCCAGUCCAGCCACACUGCUGGUGAAUGUCAGUGGUAAGUUCUAUGAGUACACACUGAAAGGAGAGAUCAGUGGCAGUGAAGUCAAUGACAUUCAGGACAACGAGAUGCUCCGCAAGGUGACCUUUGACCCAGAGGUCUUCUUCAAUAUUCUCUUGCCUCCCAUAAUUUUCCAUGCUGGAUACAGUUUAAAACGAAGACAUUUCUUCAGGAACCUGGGCUCCAUUCUUGCCUACGCGUUUGUGGGAACCUUGGUGUCUUGUUUCAUCAUUGGGUCAUUAAUGUAUGGCUGUGUGAUGCUGAUGAAGCAAAUCGGCCAUAUGGGUGGUGAUUUCUUCUUCACCGAUUGCCUUUUCUUUGGUGCCAUUGUCUCAGCCACUGACCCAGUGACCGUUCUGGCCAUCUUCAAUGACCUGCAGGUGGACGCUGACUUGUACGCGCUGCUGUUUGGAGAAAGUGUUCUGAAUGAUGCCGUCGCUCUCGUACUGUCCUCGUCAAUUGUUGCAUAUCAGCCUGAGGGAGACAACACUCACACGUUUGAAGCCAUGGCCAUGCUGAAGUCCUUUGGAAUCUUCCUGGGGGUCUUCAGUGGUUCUUUUGCUCUUGGAGUGGCAACUGGAGUCGUAACUGCAUUGGUUACUAAGUUCACUAAGCUUAGGGACUUUCCAUUGCUGGAGACGGCACUGUUCUUCCUCAUGUCCUGGAGCACAUUCCUACUGGCCGAGGCAUGUGGAUUUACAGGUGUGGUGGCGGUUCUGUUCUGUGGAAUGACACAGGCACAUUACACCUUUAACAAUCUUUCUCCUGAAUCUCAGGAAAGGACAAAACAAUUAUUCGAGCUUCUGAAUUUUUUGGCUGAGAACUUCAUAUUUUCCUACAUGGGCUUGACAUUGUUUACCUUCAAGAACCACGUCUUCAACCCAAUCUUCAUAGUGGGCGCAUUCCUGGCUGUGUUUCUGGGCAGAGCGGCGAACAUCUACCCCCUCUCCUUCCUGCUGAACUUGGGCCGUAAAUACAAGAUCAGCCCCAACUUCCAGCACAUGAUGAUGUUUGCAGGUCUUCGUGGCGCCAUGACCUUUGCCUUGUCAAUCAGGGACACGGCCACGUAUGCGCGGCAGAUGAUGUUCUCCACCACGCUGCUGGUGGUCUUCUUCACCGUUUGGAUCUGCGGUGGAGGCACAACUCAGAUGCUGUCCUGCCAGAAAAUCCGUGUUGGAGUAGACACCGAUCUGGAGAACUUUAUCGGCCCUGAUGGAGUGGAGAGGAGGAGCACUAAACACGAGAGCGCCUGGUUCUUCAGGAUCUGGUACAACUUUGAUCACAAUUAUCUCAAGCCCUUUCUGACCCACAGUGGCCCACCGCUCACUGCCACACUCCCAGCCUGCUGUGGCCCUCUGGCACGUUGCCUCACCAGCCCACAGGCGUAUGAGAAUGAGGAGCAGCUGAAAGACAGCGACUCGGACCUGAUCCUGAACGACAGUGACAUCACGCUGACGUACGGUGACAUCACUGUGAGCACAGAUGCAACGGGCGCUCACACGAGCGGGACGCCCGUCGGAAGAGUGACUGUGCACUCUGACGAGGCUCUGGACCGAGAGCUGGCGUUUGGCGACCACGAGCUGGUGAUCCGAGGCACCCGCUUGGUCCUGCCCAUGGAUGAUUCGGAGCCCCCGCUGCCUCUAGACUCCCAUCGCUACCGGCACAAGAACGAAUCGAUGAGUUGAACGGCCCGAGCCUCUUCUCUCUAACAUGUCUCAUCCAGAGUGAUCUCUCUCAGCACUUCUCCUGUCUCUGAAGUGGCUGGUUUGAUGUCUCUACCUCAUUUGUCACUCUUUCUUUUACAUCAGAAAUCUCAAUUAUUUAUCUACUUCUCUUGUGCAAGGCUAUUUUUUUUCUGUUUACAGCCGCCAAUCAGACCACUUAGCAUCUGACAUCACAUAUCGAAAGCAUGUUCUGGUUUCUCUAAGGUUAUCAUGACAACAGAAUAAGCAUAUUUUAAUUGUCUGUAAAGCAAGGCGUAAAAUUGCCAUGACCUGGCCUGCAUGCUUAUUUGUGUCCUCUCUUGACGUGCGAGCGCUUGUUUAGGAGAUGUGAAGAGUCCGCCGCACAUUCCUGUGGGUCUGAUGCUUUUUACUGCCUUGUGUCUUUGUGAGCGUCUGACAGAGGCGUGCUGGCUGGUGGCUCUGGGUUUGCUGUGCAGUUACAAUCAAGUGCCUGUCGAAUGUAGUUUCCCCUCCUUUUGAGCAAAAUGACACUCUUUGCCAUCCACUAGAGGGAGGCCUUGUAUUUUGAUACUGUAUUGUUCGUCUGAGCUGUGCGGUAACUUGUGAUUGGCUGUAGAGGUGUGCUUGGAUCUUACAUUGUGACCUUUGACUGUGAAUCUCUGAAGGUUUUUACGCCUUGUUUGUGUUAUCGUUCAGAAGAAAGAGAGCCAUUCAUACGGUGCACUUUCCUUUUUUUCGUUGUUGUAACAUUUUUCUAAAACGACUAAGAAUAGAGAUAAUUUUUCUUUCUUUUUUUGUCUUAUGUAGUUUAAAUGGUUUAUGAACUAAAUGUCAUGUUUGAUUACGAAGGUCUAAAAUAACAUGCGUUUGACAUCGGGAUUACAAACGGCAAAAAAUUAAGAGAAGAUUGCCGUACUUUUUGUAGUAGGGCCAUCUAGCAUAAUGCAUUGAGCAAACAGUUAAAAAAAAAGAAAGAAAGAAAUGCUAAUGACUUUAUUCCUAACUUUUUGCAUGACAUGUCAUGUGGAGAAGUAUAACCCUCCACGUUUCCUCCCAGUUCUAAUCAAUUGAAAAUUCUUUACCUAUCUAGAUUAGUGAAGAGCAUCGCAUCAACACCGGUGUGAUUUUUACAUUGGUUGGAGUUCAGAUUUUAGACUAAUUUUUAAAGGGCUGAAUGAAUCAAAGAAGUUUUAAUGUUCACAUCUAUGAAAAGAAAGAACAUUGUACGAGGCGUCAAGUUCUGUUUGAUGGUUUCAGGCUGGACAGGCAACUGAAAAAAUGGGGUUGGAUUUGCAUGCAGUAAAUUCUCUGUUAAUGGCAUUACAGUAAGAUCUUUACUUUUAGACCUGCAUCCCAAUUUACAUGCACUACAUCCAAAACAGAUGGUGAGGAUUAGAAUUAGGGCCUCCCAAAUUGUUUAACUUUUCUCAUAAUUUGAGAUUUUUUACAGAAUCUGUAAGGUGUUCAGCAUUUUUUUUAUUUUUAUUAAUUAAACUGAUAUUUAAGUAUGUUCAACUACACAAAAUCAUAAAAGUGAAAUUACACCGGUUACUCAAUCCAAAAGUUUACAUUCCCUUGGUUCAUCAUUCUGUUUGACAACCCUAUCAAUGUGAUGUUUAUACUUGAAUCUCUUAUGUAAGAUAUAUAUAUAUAUAUUAAUGAUAAUAAUAAUAAUAAUAAUAAUAAUAAUAAUAAUUAUUAUUAUUAUUAUUAUAAAUUCUACAAUGGGUACAUGGGUACUUUUGAGUUUAAUAGACAAUUUCAUGAUGUCCUGGUACUUUCUGUCAUACAGUGUACUUUCCCAUCCUCAGUAAAAUGUACAUGCUUUAAGUUUGCACUAGAAGUAUGUAAAUUGGGAUGCAGGUAAUGAUUUAGUGAGAUUACAUGAUGAGUCAUGACCCAAGAAAAUGAAGGAACGCAAGUAGAGGAGCAAACAGAUCUUUUGUAGAAUCUGGUCCAUGUGUUAGUAGAUUAUCUAUUGCUUUCUGUCUGUUUGUGAACUGUAUAGAAACUGCUGUUGUGUGGAUGUUGUCUGGCCAGGGUGGCAUCAUUGACUGCGCAGCAGGAAGUGUGCUGGAAAACUGCACAGGCUGUGGAAAGAGAGGAUGAUGGCUGGUCAUGACAGUAGCAUUAGAAGCCUUCGACACAGAUAUGUCCUGCUGUGCAGGGUGAUGUGAGGGGGGGCCCCAGUAUUGUAAUGCACAGGAACAGUGUGUGUGUGUUUGAAUAGACAGAAGAGUUAAGCAUUAUUAGCAGAUUUGCACAUUCGUUUUUGUUUUUAAUUUGGUUUAAAAGUGACAUACCUGAAAAAAUUAUGUUCUAAUGUAUGUAAUGUUCUUUGUCUGAGCAUCAUGAUGAACUCCAAUACAGAUCGUCCUUUUUUUUUUUUUUUGUCCUUUGAGAAAUUCAGACAUCCUGCUAAAUUCUUCUUUUGUGGAAAACUAAUGAUUAGAAGAGAACAAAAAAGUAUUGAGUGCCUGUAAUACCUGUUUGCAGCAGGAUUUCUUGCGUUUGCAAUACUUGAGAAUGAAUCUUGUACCUUUUAAGAGCAGAACCUAUGAGUAGUGAAUCUAUGAGAUGGAUAUUGAGUGGAACGGAUGAACUAGAAGUUUCUGUACAUUGUAAAGAUACCGUUCCAGAAAAGAAUUCCAUUUAUUAAGGGGUGUGAUUACUUGGAUUAAACCUUUUUUCUUUUUAAACACUUGUAUAAUCUAUGUCGUCCUCCAAAAAUGCGAAGAAUGAGCGCUUGAGUGUAAGACUAAAGAGACCUGUGCAUCCCAGCCAGUCCAAAGUAGCAGAAGCAAGCUGAACGGACUUUAAUGGUGGUAUAUGUGCAGUUUGUUCUGGUACACAGCUGUGUGUUAGUCACACGAUGUGCAGCUCUACUCUAAUGUGUUGCAGGUACUGACUUUUUACAUCUGUGUAAAUAUUCUCAUCUGUUCAUGUGUGUGCAAUGGUCAAUAAACUGAAGCCUGUGCUUUAGAUUAAAUC